AUGGCCAGCGUACUGGACAGCAGGGCGGACACGUCACCAGAGGUCGCGGCGGCGGGCAUGGUGGUCAACACCCUGGGCUGGGUGGACGGCCUGGGCUACGACCUGCUGCUGCACGUCAUAGCGUCACUGCGGGCCGACGUGGUGGUGGUGCUGGAGCAGGACCGGCUCUACAACCAGCUGCAGUCGGCACUGGCGGGACGCACGGGGGCCAUGGGGCGGCCGCUGCAGGCGCGUGUGCCUGUGGUGAAGCUGCCAAAGUCGGGCGGCAUCGUGGCGCGCAGCACGCAGGCCCGCAAGGACGCCCGCCUGGGGCGCAUCCGCGAGUACUUUUACGGCGCUGGGGGGGAGCUGCAGCCCCACGCGCAGAGCGUAGCUGCGGAGCAGCUGCAGGUCUUCAGGAUAGGUGGGACGGCGGGAUGCUUGGGCGGCUGUUGGUGGCGGUUGGUGGCGGUUGGUGGCGGUUGA